CAACCCCAAGCCGGGGUUUGCGACCCCUCGCUUCAAAAAGGACGAAGAAGGCGACGACAUGCAGAUCCCCGUGGACUUCGAGAACGAUCCCGAGUACAAAGAGAUUCGCGAGGGUCUGGACCCGGCCUUUCUCGAGGCGGCGUCCAACGGUGUUGAACUCUAUCUCAAGGGCGACUGGCGUGGGGCCAAAACUGCCUUCUCACUUGCGCUGGAGCUGCGGCCGAGCGACGGCCCCGUGUCCCACGUCAUGGGCUACAUGAAGAGCUUUGACUUUGAUGUGCCAAAGGACUGGGACGGUGUCCGGGAGCUUGACGGCUAUUGAUGAAGUAGAAGUAAUGUUAUGUGCAUUUGGAUAAACGCGUCAGCCUUUUCAAGUUGAAUCAAAUGGCAUUAACACAGCAGCG